GGAACAUUUACCAUUUCUAGUUGCUUUUGGACAUUCAAAACCUUACGCAGUCAGGAUCAUUGAAUUCCCUAGGUCCCAGCAACCCUCUGAUCUUCAAUAUUGCUACCUUUUCUACCUCUUAUUUUCGACGCGCAACGAUCAGAAUAGACCUAUGCCGCGCAACCUUAACCCACUGGACAUGCGUCAGCACGUCUCCUUGAUCUUGGCGGUGCGAUGAGCUCUCUAUAUCUACUUAUAUGUCGUUCAAGUCGCUGUACAAAUGGCACAAACGAGUGGAUAGCUAUCUCAUACAUCGGAAAUCCACAACCCAUUCUUUCUGAUUCUUUCUUUCUCCUUCAGUCACAGUUCUUAUUCAUGUCGUGCCUUCUGCCGUCCCUGGUUCCCAUCGCGGCUCUGCUAUGCACAGCAAGCGCCGCGCUGUACGACCAAAAGAUCACGACUAGCUAUGGCCCAGUGCAAGGCUACGCUGCUUUCAACAGCAGCCCUGCUGGGGUCAAUCUGGAGCACUGGAAAGACAUUGCAGUCUGGAAAGGAAUUCCUUUUGCUGCUACCACAGGAGGGAAUAAUCGCUUCAAGGCCCCUCAACCAGUCACGCCAUGGAAUACAACUUUUGCUGCCCAAGAUUUCGGUCCUGUCUGCCCUCAGACAUUCCGAGCCGUGCCUGAUGGCUACACAGAUUCUGAAGACUGCUUGAGCCUAAACAUUUGGAGUGCCGCCAACUCGACGGAUGCGAAGUUGCCUGUUGUCAUGUGGAGUUAUCCAGCUAUGUCAAGUGCUCGCGACGCUCUUUUCGACGGCGGAGGAAUGGCUGACAAAGGCGUUGUCUUUGUUAAUUACAAUUACCGGAACGGUAUUUUUGGCUGGCUUGCACACCCCUGGCUCUCAGCCGAGAUGAACGAAACGCAUAACACAAAUAGCUCCGGUAACUGGGCCAUUCUCGAUCAGAAUGCUGCUCUUAACUGGAUUGUGGAGAAUAUUGCGGCGUUCGGAGGAGAUCCUGAACAUAUUACAGUGAUGGGCCAAUCAGCCGGUUCGGCCGCCACCUACCAUAUUGUGAACAGCCCGUUGACGAAGGGACUCAUCGUUGGCGCCAUAAUUGAAUCUGGUGUUCGCGACCCCAAGGAUCCUAUGAGUGCCAGCCUUGCCGAGAACUACCGUAGUCUCGAUUCGGCUCUGGAAACUGGCGUAAGCUAUGUAUCGGAUUAUAAUGUCACUUCACUUGCGGAGCUCCGUGCGUUGAACUACACUACCUUUGCUCAGGGAGAUGGUUUCGGAGCGGUUCUGGAUUACUACGCUGUGCCGGAUACAUACAUGAACACCCUAAUUAAUGGAGCAGCCAACAAUGUGCCCAUUCUGACUGGAAACACUCGAGAUGAGAGCGGUGCAACGUACGGCCUUAAUAUCUCGCUCGCUACCUACUUAGCAGACAUGAACACCACCUUUGGCGACUGGGCAGACGAGUUCUUGACUAUUUACAGUGCGAAUGAUAGUACCUCAGCUUCGGCAGCAUACAAUCGACAAUGGUCAGACCGCUCUGCCGUUGGUACCUGGUUAUGGUCGCAGCUGUGGGCUACGGCUUCCGACAAGCCGGUGUACAACUACUUCUGGGAUCAUGCGCCACCUGGACAAACCCAGGGUGCUUACCACGAAUCUGAGAUCAAUUACGUGCUUAACAACCUGUACGACACAGAUUUACCCUGGGUUGCAGAAGACUAUGAGAUCGCCAGUACCAUGAACGCUUACUGGGUCAACUUCAUCAAGACAGGCAAUCCAAACGGGGGAAACCUCACAUAUUGGCCGGCCAGCAACGCCAACAACAGUGCUGUCCAGGAAGUUGGUGAUGGCUGGGGCCAGACAUCCCUGGCCAUAUCCAAGGAAGCGGUAACCCUCAUUGAGAAGUGGUUUGAUUCUUUAGAGACUGUGUAUUAAUGUGACGAGUUCGUGUGUGUUGUUGCACCACCAAUCAAUAGGUACAAAUCGCAAAUCAGGGGCUGUGCAAUGACGCGCUA